AGCAACUUGGGGUCCCCUUCCCCAACCCCCCUGCAGGGAUGUCUCGGAGAAAACAGCGCAAUCCCCAACAGCUCAUCUCUGACUGUGAAGGGUCCACAGCCUCUGAGAACGGAGACACUGGGGAUGAGUCAACCCCAUUAUCCUGUCCCUCUUGUCAUAUCACCUUCAAGGAUCCCUCCAAAAUAGCUGCUCAUGUAGAUUCUGGCUGUCCGGAGCAACCCACCUGCUCCACCAUUGCUGCUGCUGGUACCACUACUGGAACCACCAUUGUUUCCUCCUCCUCUUCCUCCUCUUCUGUCGAGAUCCGUCCUGAAAGUCCUCCAAGCAUGGACGUUGAGUCUGGGAGCCUACUGACAGACUCAACCCAAGAACCAGUCCCUCCCCGACCUCCUCCGCCUCCUCCGACACUGCCUCCAGGUGCCACCGUCCCUGCCGGACACCUCAACAUCCCUCUCAUCCUGGAAGAGCUCCGUGUCUUGCAACAGCGUCAGCUCCACCAGAUGCAAAUGACAGAACAGAUCUGCCGUCAGGUGUUGCUCUUGGGGUCUCUGGGCCAGGUAGGCUCCCCAGCACCUGCCACAGAGCCGACGCCAGUAGCUUCUCUCCCUCCCAAGCCCCCCUUACCGGUCUUUUCCAUCAAAACCGAGCCAGGAAGGACCCAAGCAUCCAGCUCCCCUGAAGUGCCCAAGCCCGCUUUCUUCCACCUUUACCAUCCAUUCCCUGGUGGGACUCGAGUCCCCAAAACUGAGCAGCUUUUAGCUCCAGCCUUCCCCACAGCUACUGGCCUCCUGGCUGCUCAGUGUUUAGGUACUGCCCGGGGUUUGGAGCAAGCAACUUCUCCAGGCCUGCUGCGACAGAAGAAUGGAGGCAGUGGCCCCACUGAAAGCAACUUGGAGGAGAAGCCAGGUGGGCGCCACAAGUGUCGAUUCUGUGGCAAGGUCUUUGGCAGCGACAGUGCCCUCCAGAUCCACCUGCGCUCCCACACAGGCGAGCGCCCUUAUAAGUGUAACAUCUGCGGUAACCGCUUCACCACUCGUGGCAACCUCAAGGUGCACUUCCACCGCCACCGGGAAAAAUACCCUCAUGUCCAGAUGAACCCUCACCCUGUCCCUGAGCACCUCGAUUAUGUCUUAACCACUUCGGGGUUGCCCUAUGGCAUGUCUGUGCCACCUGAGAAAGUGGAGCCAGGAGAGGAGACCACUACACCUCCCGCUGCUGAACGCAAGGCCCUUAGUGCUACUGAGAGCUUGACACUGCUUUCUGGGGCCACGCCAUCUGGGGCCACUCAGGCCCUGCCGAGUUUCAACAAAUUAGUCCUGAUGAAGGCAGUGGAAGCUAAGGGGAAGGGAGAUGAGAACACUCCACCAGAAAGGGAGGCAGAAGGCACUCGGCUUCAGUUGGGCAAGUUAGUGGGCUCGCUGCCCAGUUGGGCCUUGUUGGCCAACCACUUCAAAGCAGGCACAGCAGUGGGGCCCUUUCCCUAUGUCUUGGAGGCUUCACCCUCAGAGACCUCCAAGCUGCAGCAGCUGGUGGAAAAGAUAGACCGUCAAGGGUCUCCAUCUUCCUCCUCCUGUGCUGGCCCAGGAUCCACUCCGCAAGUGGUGGCUGGUUCCUCAUCUUCUUCAUCCCCACCUACAUCUUCAGGGUCCAACCAGUGUGUGAUCUGCUUGCGGGUCUUGAGCUGCCCCCGGGCUCUGCAGCUUCACUACGGGCAGCAUGGAGGGGAGAGGCCUUUCAAGUGCAAGGUGUGCGGGAGAGCCUUUUCCACCCGGGGCAACCUACGAGCCCACUUUGUUGGCCACAAGACCAGCUCAACAGCCCGAGCUCAAAACUCUUGCCCCAUUUGCCAGAAGAAGUUCACCAACGCUGUUAGCCUCCAGCAGCAUGUCCGCAUGCAUCUCGGUGGGCAGAUCCCCAAUGGCGCUCUCCUCCCAGAGACCCCUAUCCCUGAGGGAUCCACCCUAAGAGAAGGAGAGAAGCAGCAGCAGCAACAACAACAUCAGCAAUCGUCUCUUCCACUGGAAGAGGAACUGUCCGAGGAAGAAGAAGAAGAACCUACAGAUGAAGACUCUCUAGAAAGUGGUGGGGAGAAGGUGGAGGGACCUUCCAGCCCUGAACAGGAGGCUCCAGGUCCUGCCAAGGAAGGAGAGGAGGUAGUGCAUGCAGAAGAAGAAGAAGAGGGAGGCCCCUGUACUGCUUCACCAUCCGGGCCUGGAAGCCCUCAGCAUCCCAUGCAAGAAGGGGAGGAGAAGGCAGAAGCGGAAAAAACCGAAGAGGGAUCUUCACCAAAGGAGGAACAGGAGAAGGAAAAGGGAACAGGAGGGGAAGGACCCUCAGAAAAGCAACAGGGCAGUCAAGCCAAAGAGGGGCUGACACUGGUGUGUGGGAUCUGCAAGCAGGCAUUCCCCGAUCGGAACACUCUGCAUAAACAUAUCCUGACAGCUCAUCCACAGGUUCAUCUUGGCAGUCAUGUCUGGAGCAGCAGCCAGGCACGGCGUGGCCGGCGCCUACCACUCGAGGGCACCGUGCCAGGGCUGUCAGGAAACCAAGUCAAGCUGCAGGACUUCCUGGGACGUGACAUACCAGGCCAGCUCGUCGGGGUGGGACCCCUCUCUUUCUGGAACCAGUACACAGCCUUCCUCUCUGGAGGCCUCGCAACCAAACCUGUCCAUGCCGCUGCUGUUCCCAUCUCUUCUACUGCCUCCUCUUCUUCUUCUGCUUCCAACCUGGUCACCCAGGGCCUCUUUGGAUCAAGCAGUGCACCUGCGAAGACGGGCCCUGGCGAAACCAAGGAGAAACCACCAGUAGGACCUCUACUGCUGCUUCCACCGCCACCGCCACCACUACCAUCAGCCCCACCACCAGAGGUAGCUCCAGAGAACCAAGAGAAGGGGGAGAAGUAACUUGACUGUGAAAAUAGCCUCCCUAUCAGGAGGAACUGUUUUAGUGAAACCAAGGAAUGGGGGGGAAUGAUAAAGCCUACACCAGGUCCUUCAGAAGUGACUCCAGUCUUAAUUUUAGCAGCCUUUUAGUGUUUUAUUUUUAAUGUAGCUUGGAUGUCCAUCGGCCAGAAGGCAGGAUCCUGAUAUGGGGCAAGGGAAUAUGGCAUACACUCCAUACUCUAGGGCAGAGAAAGGGAGUUCCCUUGACUGUAGAGCAAGAUGCCAGACGAUCCAUUCCUGCAAAGGAUUGGCAUCUUGAAUUUUCACUCUACCCCAAUAAAAAUGGUUUGACAGAA